AUGCCGAUAUGUGUUAUAUCGACUGAUUUAAAAAUCACUUUGGCCGGUUACCAUCCAGGGGGUACAUCAGCAAUAUUGGGGUCAUACAUUCGGUUGGAAGUGCUAAGGUCAUUGGAGAGUCAAUCGAGCAACCAGAUUAUGAAGUCCGAAGGACAACGUCACGUCGUCGUCACAGGAUGGUGGCUGCAUAGCUCAAAUCUGUCGUCACGAGAGCGGGUGAAAAUUGUGAUCGGUGCAUUUCUCCAGGACGUUGUCAAGGUUGGUCACGAGGCUGUUAAUGAUGAUUGUCGGCGUGGGAAUAUUGUCGGUUGUGUGCAAUGCAACAGUCAAGGCAGACAUAGCUCGCACAUUGUCCCAGAAAGCCUCAAGAGAAAGCCCAUAUGUCCGUUGCAAGUUAAUCGUGAAUUGGCACCUAUGAAUCUUGUCGACGUUCUGAUGUUGUAUCAGAUGUCGCCCAUGACAGUAAGUUAUUGA